AUGGCAUAUCAAACUACAUACUGUGGCAGCGCGAGCUGUUCUUCGAAUUCUUAUUGCUAUAUCACUGAAAAUUCGCUUACGUGUUCAACUGCUCAAUUAUCGUCUUGGCGAUUGAAUUCGACGGUAUUUCCUCCCAUCGAAUACGUCGGGCCCACGAAUCCAGGUGAUUCCGUAGAUGCAGCAUGUGAAAACCUGCAGAUAACAAACGACACUGUCAAAUUACAAGUAACCGGAUGGGCAUCACAGUUCUGGGCAUCGGACACAAUUUCUCCACCGUCAGGAACAUUUUACAAUCCGCUUGAAAUCGGAUCAUGUAUAGACGAUUUGAGUAACAACCUGCCAAACCUUUACUGUAAAGAAGGGAAAUGCCGGCACAAAUUGUAUGCCGGUGAAGUAUGCUUGUCGUCCAAUCAUUGUGCCUCUUAUAUCUGUUCACAAGGAAUAUGUCAACCGGAUCCAUCCGAAGAUCAAAUUAGCGAACUCACUGGCGGCUUUAGCCGGCCGGCGAACGUUCACUAUUUUGGUCCUCCGCCUUCAACGCAACCAAACACAAGUCAAGUAAUAGCGAUAGCUAGCUGUGUUAUAAUUUUGCUGACGUCGCUCUUAACAAUAAUGUAUGCUAAAAAGAUUUGCAAGAAGCACGACGAAGCCGCUCAGGAUACUGCUGACACUGGAGUAGGAUCGCGCAUGCGGCGGGGUGCCAGUCUUUUACUCAGUGGUACGAUACUAACUAGACAGAACAGCUCGGCUACAUUACCACGAUACACGGUUGAGGGAGAUCCUUCGAUGUGGGCACAGUUGGUGAGUUGGAUCAUGCCACCCGGAGAAUUGCCGCCUUCGUAUGAGAGCGUGGUUGAGAACGAGAAUGGCAACCUGGACGGCAGGCAAGGCGGAAGAACCUACGACACGACGGAUCUGGAAGCGAAUGCCGGUGAGGGGAAUAGAGAUAGUGGAGAAGUAUCAGAAACGACUGGCGAAAUCGAGGGAGGGGAAGAGGCUUCGAGUGAACCCAACAAUGACAUUGAAACUGCCUCCAAUCGAGCUCAGCCUUCACGUGCUAGUUCUCUGCUUGUUCGCAACCCGGAUAAUGACGAAGAGGAUGAAGGAACAUAUGAAAGAGUAUCGAUGAGUAGUAACCGUACCGCUGACGAUGACAAUGCUGACGAGACUACGGUACUGAAUAGAGAUGCUGAAGAGUCAUGA